AUGGAAGAAACAGAAGCGGUGCAAGCAAAGAAGGUGUGGGAAUCGGUGAAGCUGUACACAGUUCGAUGCGGUUUAUGUUCCAAGUGGAGACUCAUCCCCUCCAAACACAAAUACGAAGAGAUUAGGGCUCAAUUGGGCGACCAGAUGUUUGAAUGCGAGAGAGCUCGAGAGUGGCGCCCCCUCAUUUCUUGCCGCCAUGAAUCCGAUGUUAACGAGGAUGACACCAACCUCAGGUGGGCCAUGGACAAGCCCAACAUUCCUCAGACUCCUCCCACGUGGCAGCGCAUUUUAAGAAUUAGGGCUGAAGGCGGCACCAAGUUUGCUGAUGUGUAUUAUGUUUCUCCAUCAAACAAGAGGCUACGUUCUAUGGUUGAACUAAGAAGGUACUUGGAAGAUAAUCCAAGGUAUGUAGAUGAUAAGAUGAAGCUGUCGCAGUUCUCAUUUCAACCACCGGUGCCACUCGAUGAUAAAUAUGUAGCAAAACGACAAAAUAUUCGUGAUAUUGGAGUGACUACUCAUAAUGGCAAUAUUGGUGGAGGAAAGCUUGGUCAACCACCUUUUCAAAAUAAUUAA